AGUGAAUGUUACCUUAAUUUACAUGGUCGCACUGAAGCUAAUUGGGGUUCAACUAUUUAUAGUUCACCAAAUGCUAUCGGUUUAAUAUUGGGAAUAGGUAAUGUUGGUGAUACUUUAAAAGAUUUUACUCAAUCUGAUACUUAUUUGAGUCGCGACGCGGGAAGAAAUUGGGAAAAAAUAAAAAGUGGUCAAAGUUUAUAUGAGUUUGGAGAUAAAGGCACAAUAAUUGUUGUAAUAGACAACGGAUCACCUACCAAUGAACUUAAUUGGAAUUACGGAAAGAAUUGGGAAAAUUUUAAAUUUUAUGAGAAACCAGUUCGUGUAUUAAAUCUUAUGACCAAUCCUAAAUUGUCAAGUAUGAAAUUUGUAAUAACUGGAACAAUCGUAUCAAAUGAUGGAAGUCAAUACGAACCAACAAUUAUUACUGUUGACUUUACAAAUUUGGAAAAAAGAGAUUGUUCUAAUGAUUUUGAAUUAUGGGAUCCAAUGGAAGGUUCUGAUAACCAAUGUUUAUUGGGUGAAGAGGUGAAAUAUUGGAGACGUAAAGCUGAUCGAGAAUGUAAAAUUAGUGGUGCAAAUUUGGAUUUGAAUCCUAAAACAAAAACUUGUGAUUGUCCUGAUCCAGAUCGACCCGUUAAUUGUCAUGGUGAAUACAAAGGUAAAUCUGGAUAUCGUAAGAUUCAUAAAACAAAGUGUAUAGGUGGAAUAGAUUUAGAAAAAGAGGAAACAAAAUUUUGCAACAUUACAAGUACGGGAAUAAUUAAAUCGACGAAAUUAUUCGAUGCACGAAUAAAAGAUUACUUUUAUUUCAAAGAUAACAAGACAGUUAUUAUUCGUACCGAUGACAAUAAAGUUUGGCAAAGUAAAGAUUCCGGAUUUUCUUGGGAUACCGUAAAGGAGUUUGAAAAUGAUGCAAUUGUAACAAUGGUCCAAAAUGCAUAUUUCAAAGAUUCUGCAUAUUUCAUUACGAUGAGCAAUUACCACUUUUAUACGAAUGAUGGAGGAUCAACUUUCAAAAAAAUGGAUGUUCCGAUGGGGCCUAAUACUCUUCAAAUUCCAAUUUUUGAUUUCCAUCCCGAGCAUAAAGAAUGGCUCAUUUACACUGGUUGCAAGGAUUGUGAUGAACUAUUUUCUUCAAAGUGUCACACCGAAGCAUAUUAUACAAAGAAUAAUGGUGAAAAAUGGGAUCUUAUAGACACAUACGUUAGGGUAUGCAGUUGGGCAAGAGACGAAAAAUUCAAAGUUAAUGGUGAAGCUAUAUUUUGUGAGAGCUAUGAGGAAAAAUCCGGUUCACAAAGAACAUCCUUUAAGAAUCCUCGAUUCUGUUAUUCAAAAGAUUUAUACAAAGAUCCAAAGUGUAUAAUUGAAAAUGUGGUUGGAUUUGCUUCGUUCGAAGAAUAUGUAGUUGUGGCUCAAUUAUUACCAUCCGGUCAAAGUCUAAAACUUUAUAUUUCCGUGAACGGGGAAACCUUUGCCGAAGCACAAUUCCCACCCGGUUUGGCGGUACCUCAUAACGCCUUUACAAUUUUACAAUCAAACACUCACUCAAUUGCACUUCAUGUUACUGAAACAACUCAUACUUUAUGGGGAAAUAUCUUAAAAUCAAAUUCCAAUGGAACUUAUUAUGGUUUAUCAUUGGAAAGAGUUAAUCGAGACGACUAUGGUUUUGUGGAUUUUGAAAAAAUGCAAGGUAUCGAAGGGAUCGCUAUUGCAAAUGUGGUUUUUAAUUAUCAAAAAGUUAUUAUGGGAUCGGCUAAAAAGUUACAGUCAAAGAUUACAUUUAAUGAUGGAGGUACAUGGCAAUCAUUGACUAGUCCUAACCUUGAUUCUAACAAUAAUACGUACGAUUGUGGAAACAAUUGUUACUUACAUCUUCAUAGUUAUACCGAACGACGAGAUCCUCGUGAUUCCUUCAGCAGUUCUUCAGCUACAGGAUUAAUGAUGGGUGUAGGAAAUGUUGGAGAAUAUUUAACUAAUUAUUUAGAUGGUGAUACUUUCUUAACUCGUGACGCGGGUUUAACUUGGAAUGAAAUUAAGAAAGGUGCUUAUAUGUAUGAUUUUGGAGAUCAAGGUUUGAAUUGGGUUGAUUACCAAGUAACUGAAUCCAAAAAUCUAAUUAAAUUCCAUGAUAUCGCUACUUCGCCGGGUGGUCUGAGUAGUAAAUUCAUUUUACGUGGUCGUUAUAUGGGAUCUUUCGAUAAAGAAGUUAUUGUUUUCCUUGACUUUACUGGAAUAUUACCUGAAAAAUGUAUAUUAAAUAUUAAUGAUCCAGAUAAUGAUGACUAUGAAUUAUGGUCACCUACCCACCCUAACAAUGAGAAAUGUUUAUUCGGUCAUAAGACACAAUAUUACCGAAGAAAUCUUACUAAAAAUUGCCAAGUUGGGGAUGAUAUUAUUUCCCACAAAGAGAUUACGGAAAAUUGUGUGUGUACAUCGCACGACUUUGAAUGUGAUUAUAAUUUUAUUCGCGAUGGCGACAACUGUAAAAUAGUAGAUGGUGCCCAACCUUUACAAGCUAAUAUCGCAGAACAAUGUGCUAAUAAUGGAGGAGAAUUCUAUUACGAAACAAAUGGGUAUGUUUCUAGUGACGAAGCCAAAUUCUUAGGUACUCAACACGAAUGUCCUGGUCUUGGUCGCAGUACUCUUUUAUGGGUUAUGAUAAUUUUAUCACCUUUCAUUAUUGUGGGAAUUGUUACCGCGUGCUAUGUUUACAGAAGACGAGAUCGAUUCGGUUACUCGCCGUUGGGUCAAAUCCGUCUUGGAGAUCAUUCUUCCCCAACUUCAUUCAUACUUUCAAUUCCAUCCCUAUUUAUGGAUAUGAUUUAUUCAAUAAGAGAGUUUCUUUAG